AGCCCCAAUCGCCCGUCUUGCUGUGGCGUAUUUUUGUGGGGUUCGUUCUGUCGUGUCUUCGGGCAAUUUUCUGAAUAAAAAUUUUCAUCUGCUCGGAAAUGUUGGCUUUUCUAGUUGAAAAAGUGAAAAAAUUGUGCAAAUCGUGCCAAAACUUAUGAAAAUGUUAAGUACAAUGUGAGCGUGGUGCAGUGCAGUGACUUGAAAUGUAAUACGUUGAAUAAACCCACAAUAUAUUGUCAACAUAAUUUACACGCAGGUCUUCAAAUAACUAACUCUUCCGUGGAGAGGCAGUGCUCAAAUGCUACUCUUUUUGUAGUCACUUUGAGAAGCACUGUAAACUUAACCAAAGAUUGGGCCCUGUGCCCAGCAUAAAAUAAUAAUAUAAUAUUAAAUAUAUUUAAGAAUAAUAAUUGAAUAAGUUAAGAAUAACAUGAAUGUGACCACAGUUUCCACCGGCACGAGUACUGGUACCAUUAAUGCUACACAACAAACAACAAAAACAUAUAAAAUCGAAAUGUUGGAUGAUGGUCAGUUGAGCAUGGCGUCAGAUGAUGACGACGAUGAUUUAAUUAAUAGCGAUGACAGUCUUUAUGAUGAUGCCGAUCUGGCACAUAUAACCGUACAAGAUGAUGUGGCAAAUCAAUUGGCAGCAGCUGGUCCCGUAGGUGUGGCAGCUGCAGCGGCCAUUGCAUCUUCGAAGAAACGAAAACGUGCACAUUCAUUCGAAACGAAUCCAUCGGUGCGAAAGCGACAGCAAAAUCGCUUAUUGCGCAAACUCCGCGGCAUCAUCUAUGAGUUCACCGGUCGGGUGGGCAAGCAAGCAGUUGUCUUAGUGGCGACACCUGGCAAACCAAAUACAAGUUACAAAGUGUUUGGUGCCAAGCCAUUAGAGGAUGUAGUGCGUAAUCUCAAGAAUAUUGUGAUGGACGAAUUAGAGAAUGCAUUGGCACAACAAGCGCCUCCACCACCGCAGGAGGAUCCAUCACUCUUUGAGCUACCCCCGCUUAUUAUCGAUGGCAUACCGACACCGGUGGAGAAAAUGACUCAGGCACAACUGCGCGCUUUUAUUCCUUUGAUGUUAAAGUACUCGACAGGACGCGGUAAACCCGGUUGGGGGCGUGAAUCGACUCGACCUCCUUGGUGGCCAAAAGAAUUGCCCUGGGCAAAUGUACGCAUGGAUGCACGUUCGGAAGAUGACAAGCAGAAGGUGAGAAUCAGCUGGACUCAUGCACUGCGAAAAAUCGUCAUCAAUUGCUAUAAAUAUCAUGGACGGGAGGACCUCUUGCCAACUUUCGCCGAUGAUGAUGAUAAGAUUGAAAUGCUAGAUGGCGAGGAGGACGAUGAAAUGGAUGAGCAUAAAUUAACGUCGACAACAACUGUGCAAACGGUAGCUAAUGCUGCAACGAAUACAACAAAUCAAGUGAACGUAGUAAAGAUCAACAGCGCCGGCACGGUGAUCUCCACACAUACGGCCAGCGCACAAACGCAAGGCAACACGGUGCCGACAAUCAUUCAGAGCACCAAUAACCAACACAUAACAACCACCGCAACACUCCCGGCAUCGACUAAGAUUGAAAUUUGCACAGCACCUGUCCAAACGACCAGUCAGGCAUCACAGGUAGCACAGCAAACGAAUGCCGUACAGAGUAUUGCAAACGCGCAGGUUUGCAUCGAACCGCUGACUUUGGGCGAUGUUGAUUAUACCACGCAAACAGUGCUAUCGACAAUACAGAAUGCUGACGGCACAGUGUCUCUCAUACAAGUGGAUCCAAAUAAUCCAAUAAUCACUCUACCCGACGGUACAACGGCUCAGGUGCAAGGCGUGGCCACACUGCAUCAAGGUGACGGUGGUGCUACUAUACAAACUGUACAGAGUUUGGGUGAUGUCAACGGCCAUGAGAAUAUGACUGUUGAUCUGACCGAGGCGACCGUGGCUCAGGAUGGUCAAAUAUAUAUAACUGCUGAAGAUGGGCAAGGUUAUCCCGUAUCGGUGAGCAAUAUGAUAACAGUACCAGUUUCCGCUUCCAUGUACCAAUCCAUGAUGGCCAACAUACAACAGAUUCACACGAAUGGUGACGGCACAGUGUGCAUCACUCCAAUGCAGGUAGAUUCUCAUGCUAAUAGUAGCAAUAGUAGAAGCAACAAUAACAACACCAAUAAUACCAACAAUAGUAGAAAUCACUAUCAGUGUUACACUUUAACAGCAGCGCCGGGUGGGCUGGGUGCGCGCUUAAUUGCAACAGCUCCAACUGCAGCCUUGCCAACGACUGUAAAUCAAAGCCAAACAAAUAUAGCCAAUAAUAAUGCGACAAGUUGCCAAAUAUUUAAUCAACCUAAUUUAAGUAAUAAUACAUCUAGUCAAAGCAGCCGCGCCGACCACAAUCACAACCAGCACCACCAGCACGCGCAUCAACAACGGCAACAACAACACCAACAACAAUUGCAGGCCAUCCCAACUGCAGCGAAAAUAUUCAUCAAUGCCGCUAGCUUUGCCGCCAUAAACAACAACAACUCUAUCAAUACAAAUAAUAACAAUAAAUUCGGGAAUAUAACUACAGCAGCUGCUGUAGUGCCUCUGUCAUUGCCAAUUAUGGUAGCCACAUCUGGUGUUUCCGUAGCAACCGGUAGUGCAAGUGCCAGUGGCAACGACACUGCCGGAGUAGGGUCGAGUGGAGAUGGGGAUGUGGUGAACAAAAAAUUCACUAAAACACCAGCCACUUCGACGAUCGGUAAGAGGGCCAUACACAAGCGCCGUAAACAAACUUUCGGCAAAGUGCUGCCCGUUAAACUCGAAAAUAAUGGUAACUCUAACGGCGAAACGAUACCACCGUCAAAUAUAGAGUUUAUAGACUGUGAAGCAAUCAGACAGGCAACAAGCGGUGCGAGUGAAAUUGCAGCGGAUGCUGGAGCUGGUGCUGGUGAUGGAAGAGGCUCAGAGGCAAAUACAGGCACUUCGGGAGUGCCUAGAAAAAUUAUAAAAAUAGAAAAUUUAGAGAACUAAUAAGAAAUAGAGAGUGAGAGAGAGAGAGAGAAAGAGGGAGAGAGGAAUAGAGUAAGAAAGAAACAAACACACGCACACACACGCUGUAGUUACAUAAAUGCAAUUGAUUUUUGUAGUUGCAUAACUUAGCCAAAUGCACCCCACGUUUCAUACACUUACAACCCAACGGUGUUUUUCAAGUGUUUGCAGGCAUACAAAGAAAAAAGCAUACAAUUUGUAUCUAGUCAACAUACAUAUAAUAUAUAAUACAUAUAUAUACAUAUAUAUGUAUAUAUUAUAAUAACCAAAUUACAAACGCUGAAUAGACGCACAUAAAAAUGUAUAAAUUUAACGUUGAUAUAAAAUGAUGGACAGUGGAUAAUAUAUAUUAGUUAAACCGUUAAGUGCCUUUGAAUGUGAAAUGUGAAACAUAGCGCAGUGAAUUUCACUAUUUGGCGACCAGGUUUCAGCUCCAGCUGCGAAAUAUAGCAAUUUGAAAUUCGAAAUUUGAAAUUCGCUAUGAAUAUGAGAAAUCUGAAAUCGGUCUUAAAUAAUUCACUUCUAAUUUUAAUGUUUGUGAACCGUACUUGCCAUUGUUGUUUAAUUUUGUUUGUUAAUUAUAUUUUUGCUUGUUUACAAUGUAGUUCAAUUUAAUUUACAUUUGUAAUUAUACAUAAAUUUCGCAUUUCAUAAAUUUAUUUGCAACUUUACGUUUUUUUUCCUAAUUAUAGUUUAUUAUAUUGCAAUGUAUACAUAUACAUAUGCUUGUAAGUAUAGGUAUACACACAUAUACUUAUACACUCAUAUUAAUCCAAUUGGUAGAUUUUUAUGUUAAGUUGUUUUACGUAAAGUGUUUACGUUUAAUUUUUAAUUGAUAACCAAAGUUGAUGUAACGAACCCACAUUGAAAUGAAGAAUUCGAAAUGUUCCUAGCAUAAAAAUAACAUAAAAUUAAAAUAACGAAUUGAUCAUCAAAGAGCCCACUUGCUAAUGCGAAACAAAACCAAAAAUUAAUUAUUUAGUUUAUAAUUAUAUUCUACACACGCAUAGAUGUAUACACACACACACACAUAUGUGUAUGCCAUAUUUUAAAUAUGUUUUCCAACAGCACAAAUGUUAGAAAAAUUUAGGUCGUUGAGCUUUGUAAUCGAAAUAGUCAACAUUUUGAAAAAAAACAAACCAUUUAAAAUCGGGUAAAUAUAGAGAGCAAAGUUUAUUUCUUUGAAUGAUUUCUGGAUACAAAUAAUAGAGACCUACAAUUAAAUUAUGCAUAUCUAGCCGAUCGAUUUUUUUUGCCAUAAUUUUAUUGCGAUUAUUUACAUAAAACUGUAGUGAAUAGUUUACACCUUCGAAGUUCUUUGUUAAAAUUUUCCCCCUUUAAUUGGAAACUACUAUAAUCCAUUAUACAUUGGUUGCAAGCUCUUAACGACCUACUUUAAGUGCAAUUGUAUAAAAAUUUUAUUUAUUUUU